AUAGUGUGCAGUUGUGGACCAACACACCCUCAUUUCUCUUUCUUCUCCUCGCAGAAUGUGCCAGCUCCCCCCACAAAUGUGAACUAUGGUUUAUAUGGGACACUACUCACACUACUAUUGGGUUUUUGACAAAGUUACCAACUUUACUACAGACUUAAGGGUCCAGUUUCAUUCCAGCCCUCAAAGUCUUCUUCCUUCAUCUCUCACUCAGCUAAAGCUACAUGAUUUAGGUCAUUUGUCUCAGAAGAAAAAAAAAAGAAAAGGAGGGCUUUCUUCACAUUGCAUCAAAAGAAAAGAAAAAAGAGUAAAGAUAGGAGCUUUCAUAUUAAUAAUGUAUCUAUCUGCCAUGGCUGCCUUCUAUACCACUCUUCUGUGCUUGAUUCUACUUCAAAUAUGGGUCACUGCUGUUGCCCAGAAAGGACAGUGGAAAACUGCAACUGCAACCUAUACUAUGGAUUCAGAUAGUUCCAUCAUUGAUGAAGGAGCUUGUGGGUAUGGAGAUCUUCACAAAAAAAUCACUUAUGGGGAGUAUAGUGCAGGUCUAAGCAGCAUUUUGUUUAACAGAGGUAGUACCUGUGGAGCUUGCUAUGAGUUAAGAUGUGUUGACCACAUCUUGUGGUGCCUGCAAGGAAGUCCAUCUAUUAUUCUCACAGCUACAGAUUUCUGUCCUCCAAAUUAUGGGCUUUCAGCUGAAUAUGGUGGUUGGUGUAAUUUCCCCAAGAAACAUUUUGAGAUGUCAGAGGCAGCAUUCUCUCAAAUUGCAGAGAAAAAAGCAGAUAUUGUUCCUGUUCAGUAUAGGAGGGUGAAAUGUGAUAGAAGAGGUGGAGUGAGAUUCACUAUGAGUGGAAACUCUCACUUUUACCAAGUUUUGAUCACUAAUGUUGGGUUGGAUGGAGAAGUGGUAGCUGUGAAAGUGAAGGGUUCAAGAACAGGUUGGAUACCAAUGGCAAGAAACUGGGGACAGAACUGGCAAAGCAAUAUCAACCUCAAAGGGCAGCCUAUAUCUUUCGAGGUGACGGCUAGCACCGGAAGAACACUUGCAUCUUACAAUGUUGCUCCGGCAGGCUGGCAAUUCGGUCAGACCUAUGAAGGGAAGCAAUUCUAAUAUCAGAAGCUCUUAAACUUGGAUACAAAACUAUUAUCAUCAUUAUCAAAAUCUCAUUUAUGUAAAACAAGGAUUCUAAAGUUAAGAACUUUCAAAUCCUAUUCAUGAGUUCAUCACUAGAUAAUGUCAUUCCAAAUCUCCAUCUAUCCCGAAAAGAUCAGGUUGUAGUCAAAAAGAAGGGAGAAAGUAGUAGUAGAAAGUUGAAAAUAAUAGGAAUACGAGGUCCCAGUUUUGUAUCUUUAUAUAUAUUGUUUCAAAAGUAAAACUAUAUGUGGAUGGAAUCUGUAAUUAGAGGAAAAAGUAUUGUUGUGUGGGAA